UUUAAGUGCCACAAAAGUUCACACAGACACAUCCACCCAUCCGUGAGUCACAGCCAGUGUCGAUUGAGGGCGCUGGUCUUCAAUCAAUUCGCUUAUCGCCUUCAGACUAGACACGUACGUUUGGGGGAACGAAAGUCCUCGGCCUCCGGUAAUUAACAACCAAAGCUUGACACAGUGUUCUGUGAGAAUCAUGGCGGUCGAAGGGUGUCUGAUGAUCACUGAAACAAUUUUGUAUUUAGCUGCUUUCUUCUCUGGCUUGAUCACUGCAAUUACUGUUGGAAUAUCAAGGGUAACCUUCAGUGGAGACUGUGUUCUCUUUGCCGAGGUGACGUGGUGCAACGCCACCGCUUUUUCUUUCACACAGCUGGGCAACAACGGCGUCUGCGGCUUCAGCAUCGGCCUGGAUGUCAUCGUAGCAUUCUACGCCUUGACAGUGUGCUGCUACCACGUUGCUGUCUUCUUCAAAUGGACCAAAGAAAGGCGCUGGGUCAUGUUACCAGGCAUCAUCAUCAACGCCUGCUGGCUGCUGCUCCUCUUCAUUGACUCUUGCAUACUCAGUGUGGGCUUCAAGCGAUUCUGCACGAGCAUAACGGAGGGACAGAGCAUCGGCAGUAAGAUCACACAGUGUUCAGCAGAUUUAUCCAGUUUAAAUUGGAACCUCCCUAAAUGCUCCGGGGAAAAAAGCGAUCACCCCUCUUACAGUGCCGGGAAUUUCUACGGCUUUCUGACUACAGCUCAAGGUGCCUCCUGGAUUGGUGUUCUAUUCUGGUUGCUACUGUCCAUCUCGCUUAUCAUCCGUCGCGUCAGGGACCGACCGGUUCUCGACCCAACCUCUGACAAAGCCCCCAUUGCCUCCAAUGUUGCCAUCUAAAAAAAUCAACCCUCCCUCCUGGCCAUUCAACAUCAGCAUAUCAGUGUGAGUGUGCGUGCAAUAGUACAACUCAUGUAACCGAAGAGAUAAACAUAGAUUUAGGAGUUGUGUACUAUGAUUGGGGACCAGUGUCACAAUGCUGUUAAGUACAUGUACGUGACUGCCUACCAGCAUCUCACUUCACACAUGCAGUAAGCACGGCAAAGAGCUUGCUAAUUUCAUAGGCAACUCUGCAUAGAUUAGUGAAACAUUAGCAGAAAUCUCUGUGCACCAGUCGGCCUUGAAAGUUAACACAGUUAAAUGCUGAUCAAAAACCCUCAACAGACUAUGCAGGCCUCUCACAAGCCACUAGGUUUUUGGAUGAUUUUUGCAAAGUUGGGGAAAGAUGAAGUCCAGUCUCUAUCACAUGUAGCACACAGGCCUUUUUUACUGUGGGAAGUUACCACACGAGUAUCUGCCAUCAUAUUCCUGCUGAGCACUAACUUCUGGAAAUUCAGGAUGGUUUCUGGCAAACACACCUAGCAGCAAAUAUGAACUGGAUCUUGAAUGGAGUGCUAAAUGUACACGUACAUGUACCAUGUACUUCUGUGCACACACAUAUUUGUGUGUACAUGUAUACAGGUAAAUCUCCUUUUAUAGACUUUUGAUACGCUUGCUGGCAGCCCAGCUUGAAGUUGUCAUUGGACACUUUGUGUUCAGUGCAUUGAUGGAUGUAAAGCCAGAAGUGUCCAUUGUAACUUCCAGAUCAAGAUGCUUGUAGUUUCACCCCGAGUCCCUCAGGUUUCAAGAAAAAAUAAAGACCCACUCACAGUACUGUCGUCCACAGCUACAUGUACAUGCAUGUACAUGUAUGUUUAAUUUGUUGAAAGGUUCAAAGUACUUUCGAUUUGGUGCUAACGAGUGCUCCAAUUUCCAAAAGCCUGUCUUUGCUGAAAACUGAAGGGCUUUGUUCCGAUUAAAUUGUUUCUGUGUUAACAGACCAAGUGUUAUGUCAUAUUUCCAUGACAGAUCUCUUGUGAACUCAUUACUGUACAUGCAUUAAUGUAGUUUGCAAGUUAUCUUGUGCUAUUGUUUCACACUCAAGUGGAUCAAUCACGAAUGUGUGCCCAAAUUUCAAUUGUUCAAGACCAUCAACAUUCUUUCUAUGCCUCAAGGACUUGAGCUGGCAUAAUUUUGGUUGUCAGCCUGUUUACACUGAGCCACUGAGCACCAUCUUUUUAGGCCUAAACUUAGCUAUCUGAAUCCACAGAACUCCACCAAGUGAAACACUUAAGAAUGUAACUAAAUAAUUCUUAUCUCAAUAUACAUGUACGUGUAAUUGGCACGAGCAAAGCUGACAGUUGCUGCUUGAUUUCACCUGUUGGCUGAACGUUUCUACAUGUACAUAUGCCAGUCCUAUUCCAUACAAGUGAUUUCAGUCAUGCAUGACCAGGAACAUAAAACUGUAAUAAUGGUCAUCGUACAUGCACCAGUAGCUUGGACAUGUCUUGCUUAGUCCAUGGGUUUCCUUUUAGGAGAAGCCCUGUACAUAUUGGCUGCAGUGCAUGUACAGUGUACAUGUAUGUAUCAUUUUGAAACAUCCUGUGUUUUUUUUAUGAAUUCUUUAUCCUGCAAAUAACAAAACUCGUAGGUGAAUGACAGUCCCACAAGCAAUAAAUAAAAACAGUGUAGAUGGUUUCAUUGAUUUAAACAGUUUGUAAUAGGCUGGUGUUCAGAAGUGAGGCAGACAAACACAAAGGUUGACAAUUGGCCAAGUGGAAUGUCUGUAUUGUGCCGUAUUUGUUGGACAGUCGACGCAGAGCCAAAGUGAAUACGUCAUCUUUUGUCACUUGUCAAUUAACAGGUAAUGGUUCUACCCUGAAAUCACUCAACACUGUGCUUUUGCUGUGGGCUUUUCAUCUGACUCGUCAAUAUGUACCAGUAGAACCAACACCAUGGCAACUUGUAUGUCAUGCUAUGGUUUCCAUAAUACAUGCUCAUGACCAUGGCUACAUGUAUGUAAAGUAGUGUACAUGUACAUGUACCUCCACAGAUGUACAUGUAGGCAUGAGCUACGUCAUGUACAUGUCAUGACGUAGUCUGUCUGCUCCUGCGCCAGCGCAUCCUCCUGAAAUUGUGAUGUGGUAAGGGUGGCAGGGUGUUUGUAUAGAGAUAAAAUCCUCUGGGAAACCUGUAUCAACCCUUGUGCUCCCCUCACUGUAACUGUGGAGUAUUUCCCGAGCAGCUUGUUCACUACCAAAUCUUGAGUUGUUUGUUGUGAAGUCGUAAAAAUCUAAACUUUUGAAUUUGGAUACUUGAAAAACUUUUUCAUCACACUUUUGGGCAGAGAGUCGUUAAGAAGUACUUGUCAAGUACAUGUACUUUCACAGAAAAAAAAAAUUGUCUCGAAGCUUCUUACAAGAUUCUGACUGUCUAAAAGCUUUGUUUCCUUCAGUAUUUACCAUUCUAUGUUCAUGUAUAUCUGUGUUACAUUGCUUUACCCACAUCGUCAUCUUUAAAUUUGGCAGUAACUUUGGUACCUGAAAAGUACAUGUAUUUGAUUACAACUCUGGCUCCCCAGUGGAGAAAAGUUGCAAAAGAGAUUAUGGUCUUUGCUGUACAGUACAUGUACUCAUGACCACUCCUCAAGCGCCCUUAUCAGGAAGUGAGUGGCUGUAGAGCCUGAUGUGAGUGUAGCCACCCAGUGAGUUCAAGGUCCAGUUUGUUAGCUUAAUUCAUAUUCUAUACCAGUGAAGAACCCAAGUUUUGAAGAGGCUUGUUGCAUGACACACAGUGUAGAUUUUGAAGUGAAAAUCAUGUUGUGUUGGUGUUGUAUCCAGAGCAACAAAAUUUUUUUCCUGUUGCUUCUUUUGAAAAAGUAACUCAAAUCCACUUAGAUUUUGCAGUAGACAGAUGUAUAGUAGAGUUUGUUUAAUUGGGGAGGGGGUAAUGGGUCUGCAUGGUUGGAACAUUUGUUAUAAAUUUUUGUCACAAAUUUUGAUUUCAAUUUGUUAUUUUAAUUUUAUUGCAUGGCGAAUUUGGCCUCAUAAAUUGUGCAUGCUAUAUUGAAAAAAAUGCCAAAAAAAAAGCAACUGGCCAAAGUUGAAACAAACAGACCAAAAAAGUAGAAGCUUGUAAAUGUUAAAUAGAAUACAGGUUGUAAUGUGUGGUGUUUGUUAAAAUGCUGUCAUUGUGAAGAUAACAGAAAAGUAAUUCAGAACUUCUGAGAUCUUUAAGAUGUUGGUAAUUGUCACCUGAAUAUGAAUUUAUGUUAAAACAUAAACUUCAUACCUCUUCAAUGCAAGUGUACACGUGGAUCCUCCAGAAUUCCCCCAAGUAGUCUGGUUACCAAACCAAAAGGUCUUGAAUAUUUGGGUCUCGUUGCUGCCACAGUCACAUAACCAGAAUGGGGGAGGGGGUAAUGCUCUUGUUCCUCAUUGACCAAAAACAACAAUGGAAAUAUUCCAUAAUAUUUCUGUGAUAUCAAAAUAGGUAUGUGUAGAUUUUUAUUUUUUUGAAGUGUGCUUGAUACAAAAAAGUUGAUUUCUUUGGAACCUUAUGUAUAAAUACAUACAUUUUCAUGUAUGAAAAAAAUUUCCAUAUAUGGACUUGAUGCCUCUAUGCACAAACCCGUGAGGCUUGUCUGAAAACAACCCAAGUGUUUUCUAAGUAAAUGCUUCAGAAUUUUCUCGGCUAAAUUUCACUUUUUAGGACAUACAUGUUAUUACUCUCUGACUGCUGUUAUAUUACGGGAAAACUCCUGUUGUCUGUACAAAUCUCUCAUCUGAAUUUUUUUUUCUUCCUUUCAGCAGUGUUUGUGGUAUGCUAUUUUCAGAUCUCCAAACAUUCAGAGCAUCUCUGUCAAGUUGUUCGUUGUUAGUGAUUAAUUACAGUCUUAGACAGUUACUUAAAACAAAUUGCAGCUAGAAUUCGUGGAAGUGGAAUUGCAAAUAUUCGUACUGGUGGAUGAGGUGAUUGAGUGCCUUACCAAGCAUACAUGGGAUGUUGUGUCUAGCUGGGAUCAUGAACUUAAAGAAAUUCAAGAUAAUUGUGUGUGCAGAUUGGUCAGUGCAUCAACUAGCAAUACAUACAGGGACUGUACAUGUACAUUAUACAUAUAUGUACUUGUACAUGUGUAUAACGUGUCUUUUAGAUAUUUGUAACACUGUUCACACUCUACCCGGUACCUGUGCUGUACCCUAUUCAAUUGUACAUUAUGCUCAGCAGAAACUUUCACAUUUGCAUUGAAUGUUGUAGAAUUAGUUAUUCACAAUUCAGAUUUUCUGCAGCCUGAGUUUAUCAUUUAAAGGGGAAGCAAAAUUGUUAUUUUUGUCAUUUAUGAAUGAUUAAGUGCUACACAUUCAGUUAAUCUGCUGUCUUUAAUAUUUUCCCAUUGGCGCAUAUUUUAUCCAUAUUUUUUCUUUUGUAUAUAUGUAUUAAGACAAAGUGCAUUUUCAUUGCGGAGGAAUUUAACAUGCAUGACCUUUGUUUUCUGCUUUGCAAUAUGCAAAGUGUAAAUGUUGAAUGCUUCAUCACUUUGUUGAUGUGCUAAUUAGGUUGCACGGCCGGCAAAUGAGUUUAUUCUUGGCUUAAGAAAGAGUAUGACAUUUCCAAACAGCUGAAGAGGUCAACUGCAUGGGGGAUUUGACAUCAAAAGUCAUCAUGGAAAUGACCACAACCAAACUUCAGAAAUUCCUCAUUUAAUUUUUAUCUUGAUAACCCGAUUGUGCUUAA